AUGAGGCUAUUCGCCGGCGCGCCCCUCAUGCUGGGGCUCGGGUGUACGCUGGCCGCGGCGCUGACCGAUGUCCCAACGGUAGAUAAUUUUCAGCGCCGUGUGUGGGCGACGGCGACGUUGCUGGGGGAUUAUGUGUACAUUGACGGCGGGGAAAUCGACCAGCUGGCUAACGGCACAGGGAGUGGGACCUAUGCUGUCAACUCCACGCUCUCCCUCGACAUGUCCAAGUCCUGGAAAAACCUCGACGUAACCUUCCAGUCCAUCCGCAAACCCGGCCCCGCCAAGGCCAACGUCGGCCUCUGGACAGACCCCUCAGCCAACACCUUCUACUCCUGGGGCGGCCGCUGGCCGGGCGGCAAAAACAUGGUCAAGAACGAGCUCUGGAAGUUCGUCGCCGACGGCAAGGGCGGCGGCGAAUGGAGCAAGGAGACCCCCGCGAACCCGACGCUCUUCAGCAGCCUAAUGCAGACCGAGUACGCCGCCUAUGUCACGGUGGGCAGCACGGGGUAUGUCAUCAGCGGCGUGGCAGAUGCCUGGACACAGGUGGACCAUUACUCGGCGGAUCCGCUGCCGGGGAUGGCGGCGUUUGAUAUGAAGACCAAGAUCUGGCAGAACGGGACGAUUAAUUUCAGUCCGUUUGGGACGGGGACGCUGAAUCAGGGCAGCGCGGUGUAUGUGCCAGGGGUUGGGGCCAACGGAGUGGUGUUGGUGUUUGGGGGGUAUGCUCCGAUUCCGGGGAAUGAUCUGAAUAAGUCGGAUGGGCCGCCGUUGGAUUUACGGAAUAUUACGUUUUUUGAUCCGGAGACGAAACGGGUGUAUUCGCAGGUCACGACGGGGGAUAUCCCGCCUACGCCGCGCGGGCAGGCGUGUACGGCGGGGUUUUCAACUAAGGAUGGGGGGUUUGAUAUGUUCCUGUUCGGCGGGGUCAAUGGCCGGGAUCGGUUUACCUACAACGACGCCUACAUCUUGAGUGUCCCGGGGUUUGUCUGGCAGAGGGUCCCUGAUUCGCUGGGCGGGGAAAGAUCUGGCGCUAAAUGCCUUGCCGUAGGCAAUCGCCAGGUCCUCAGCAUCGGCGGGUCUGGCGACUCGCGGUCCUCAACCGACCCCGCGCCUCAGGGGCUGAUGCUCUUCGACAUGACGACGCUUCAGUGGAAGGACGACUACGACGCCAAUGCGGCCGCGUAUGAGCGGAAUGCCGAUCUCAAGAAGUGGUAUAGCAACGGCUCCCUCGCCAAAAUCAACUGGUCCUCCGACGAAGUCAAGUCCCUGUUCGCCGACCUCGUCACCAAACCCACCCCCUCCUCCACAGACGGUUCCUCCCCAUCCUCAACGGCCACCAACAGCCCGUUAAUAACCGAUUCCCCGGACUCCGGCUCAUCCACCCCCGUCGGCCCCAUCGUCGGCGGCGUCAUGGGCGGUGUAGCCGCCGUAGCCUUGGUAGUCGCCGCAGCAUGGGUCAUGAUCCGCCGCCGCCGAAACAGCCUCGCCGCAGCCGCAGCCAACUCUGCCGAGAUCAACAACCACAUCAACAACAACGAUACCAAACACCCCGAAAACGGCCUCUACUACCCCUCCCCCGGAGAAGGCGGCAACAACAAACCCUACGACCCUAACCUCUACCCCCCUAACGGGCCGGGGGCGCGACAUAUUGUCGAAGCACCUGGGUCUCCGUACCAGUACCAGGAAAUGCCUGCGCGCGACGGGCCCGGGUCGGCGUACCCGUUCGGCGGGCCGGCUGAGUUGGCAGGUCAGCCGGGGUCGCCUAAUGUGCAUCAUCCCGUGCAGCAUGUGCAGGGGUAUGAUGCGCAGGGGGCGUAUGAUGGAUAUUAUGGGGGGGAUGGGGGUGGGCAUGUUAAUCCGGGGCAUGUUAAUGGGGGGCAUGAGCUGGGGGUUGGGAAUGAGAACGGGGCUGGGAAUGGGAAUGGGACGGGUAAUGGGAAUGGGACGGGGAAUGGGACAGUGCAGACGACGUAUGGGAGUCCACAGGCGUAUGAGAGUCCGGAUUCGUAUGGGAGUCCACAGUAUGGGAGUCCACAGUAUGGGAGUCCACAGCAUCCACAGCCGUAUGGGAGUCCGCAGUCGCAUGGGUUUGGGGGGAGGUGA